UCCGGUGGGGACGCCGUUAGAAAGCAAUACAAAAGGCGGCCGAAAUCCUAACCACCUUCACCUUCUUCCCACCAAUGAAAGACUGAUGAAAGGAUCGCUUUCCUUCCCCGCAUUAAAUAACAGAGACAGUGAUCUCGCUGCAGCGGUAGUGAUCAUCGGAGAUGAAGUACUUGGUGGAGGUGGAGAAGUGCCGGGAGGGUACCACCGGCUCGCCAUCAGUCGGUCCCGCCUACCGGAGCGUAUUCGCCAAGGACGGAUUUCCGCCGCCGGUUCCUGGCGUCGAUAGCUGCUGGGAUGUCUUCCGCUUGUCGGUGGAAAGAAAUCCUGGCAAUCGGAUGCUUGGGCGUCGCGAGAUUGUUGAUGGGAAGGCGGGGAAAUAUGUGUGGCUAACUUACAAAGAAGUGUACGACAUGGUGAUGAAAGUUGGAACUUCUAUUCGAAGCUGCGGAGUUGAGAAGGGAAAUUGUUGUGGUAUCUAUGGUGCAAACUGUCCUGAAUGGAUCAUUAGCAUGGAGGCUUGCAAUGCUCAUGGGAUCUAUUGCGUUCCAUUAUAUGAUACCCUUGGAGCUGGUGCUGUUGAAUUUAUAAUUAGCCAUGCAGAGGUGCAAAUUGUUUUUGUGGAUGAGAAGAAGAUUGUAGAGCUGUUGAAAGCCUUUCCUGAUGCAGCCAAGUUCUUGAGAAUUAUUGUGAGUUUCGGAAAGAUUUUCCCAGAGCAGAAAGAAGAGUUCAGACAAUUUGGUUUAAGAGCCUACUCCUGGGACGAGUUCUUGUUUUUAGGCAAUAGCCAAAAAGUUGAUCUCCCUUUGAUCAAUAAAACUGACAUCUGUACAAUAAUGUACACCAGUGGGACAACCGGAGAUCCUAAGGGUGUACUAAUUUCCAAUGAAAGUAUUCUUACUCUUAUGGCUGGUGUUAAUCGACUGCUUGAAUCUAUGAAUGAGCAGUUUCAUGAUGAUGAUGUUUAUUUAUCAUACCUCCCACUCGCCCAUAUAUUUGAUCGGGUGAUAGAGGAGAUGUUUAUUUUCCAAGGAGCCUCGAUUGGAUUUUGGCAGGGGGACGUCAAAUUGUUAGUUGAAGAUAUUGGGGCGCUAAAACCAUCUAUUUUUUGUGCUGUUCCUCGUGUACUAGAUCGUAUUUAUACAGGUUUGCAGGAUAAAAUAGCUAAAGGAGGUCUUAUAAAGCAUACAUUAUUUAAUGUUGCCUAUAAAUACAAGCUACGCAAUAUGAUAAAUGGAAGUAAACAUGACGAAGCAGCUCCAUUUCUUGAUAGAAUAAUAUUUAGUAAGGUUAAGCAAGGACUAGGUGGCAAUGUACGACUUAUAUUAUCUGGGGCUGCUCCUCUGGCUACUCAUGUGGAAGAAUUUUUACGGGUUGUGACAUGUGCUCAUGUUCAACAGGGCUAUGGUCUCACCGAGACCUGUGCAGGAACCUUUGUCUCACUACCAAAUUGUCCAUCAAUGCUUGGAACAGUCGGUCCCCCUGUUCCAAAUAUAGAUGUGCGGCUGGAAUCUGUUCCUGAGAUGGGCUAUGAUGCACUAGCAGACCAACCUCGUGGUGAAAUUUGUAUCAGGGGGAAAACAUUGUUCUCAGGGUACCAUAAGAGAGAAGACCUCACAAAUGAGGUUUUGGUUGAUGGCUGGUUCCACACAGGAGAUAUUGGCGAAUGGCAAUCAGAUGGAAGUUUGAAGAUCAUAGAUCGAAAAAAGAAUAUUUUUAAGCUUUCCCAAGGAGAAUAUGUUGCAGUGGAAAACUUGGAGAACAUUUAUGGUUCCAUAGCUGCUAUAGACUCUAUAUGGAUCUAUGGCAGUAGCUUUGAGUCUUUCCUAGUAGCAGUUAUCAAUCCUAACAUCCAAGCUAUUGAGCGUUGGGGCGAAGAGAAUGGCGUUAGUGGGGAAUUUUCUAGCCUUUGUGAGAAUCCUAAAGCAAAAGAAUACAUUCUUGCAGAACUAAAUAAGACUGCUAAAGCGAAGAAGCUAAAGGGCUUUGAAUUCAUAAAAGCUAUUCACUUGGAUCCUGUGCCAUUUGAUAUGGAACGUGAUCUUCUUACACCAACAUUUAAAAAGAAGAGACCCCAAUUGUUCAACUAUUAUCAGAGUGUCAUUUUUGAGCUGUACAAAAGCAACAAGUGAUCACGCAAACUGCUGUUUUUGAAUGUCUUCAUUACAGACAAAUAUAUGCUGGAAAGAGAUUUCCAGUCUGCUGCCUUUUCACUUUUCAGCUUCGGCACCAUCUUUGUAUAUUUGCUCAUCUUUGUAUUAGCGAAUUUAUUUUGAUAUAUAACCGUGGAAUUGUGAUGAACUGCUCGAGUUUAAGCUUGCCUGCAAAUACUGCUUUCAUAUUUAAUGAAUGAAAAUCUUAUGCAGAAUAUUUUCUCAGUUUUUCCUUAAUAUAAACUUCAUAUUGUCAAUUUUCUCAA